AUUCGGCGCGCAGCUGCGCUGCUGGGUCGCUGUGCGGGGAGCGGCGAUGGACGGGAGCCCGGCGCCGCGGACCGGCUGACCGGCUGGGUGCAGGCGGGGGCAUCACCGGAGAGCCGAGCGCAGCGGCAGUUCCAGAGGUCCCAGUCCCGGGCAGGGGGUCCACCGAGGCGGACAUGUUUCCCCGGGCCGUGCUGGCGGCUUGUGUCGCGAUCGUUCUCCAGGCUGCACAGAGCUACAAGCCGGUGAUCGUGGUCCACGGCUUGUUCGACAGCCCGGGGGACCUCCUGACGCUCCAAACCUUUAUCAACGAGUCACAUCCUGGAACCAAUGUGACCAUCAUUGAUCUGUUCGAUCGGACGCAGAGCCUGAAGUCCUUGUGGAGUCAGGUGGAAGGGUUCAAACAGGCCAUCUACCCCAUCAUGCAGAAUGCAGCGAAUGGGGUGCACAUGAUCUGUUACUCUCAAGGUGGCCUGAUCUGCCGGGGAAUCCUCUCCACCAUGCCGGACCACAACGUGCACACCCUGAUCUCCCUGUCGUCCCCUCUGCUUGGCCAGUACGGAGAUACCGAUUACCUGAAGUGGCUUUUUCCAAAAUGCGUGAAGAGCAAUCUGUACCACUUCUGCUACACCCAGAUUGGGCAAUGUUUCUCUAUCUGUAACUACUGGAAUGACCCGCACCAUCACGACAUGUACCUCAAUUUCAGUAACUACCUGGCCCUGCUGAACAACGAGCGGACGAACCCCAACGCCACAGAGUGGAAGCAAAACUUCCUGAGGCUGAAGCGUCUCGUUCUGAUUGGUGGACCGGACGACGGCGUCAUCACCCCCUGGCAGUCCAGCCACUUUGGGUUUUACAACGAGAACGAGACGGUGGUGGAGAUGAGGAAGCAGCUGGUUUACCUGAAGGACACAUUCGGCCUGAAGACCCUGGACACCAGGGGAGCCAUCACCACGUUCAAGAUCCACAACGUGCAUCACACGGAAUGGCACUCCGACAGGACCGUGUUCGACAAGUGCAUUGUCAAGUGGCUGACGUAAACCCGUCUGUGACGUGAAGGGGGAGAGGGGGGUUUCCAAAGCACUGCUCAAACCAAACCCAACUGCACAAAGAUCUGCCCCUUACAGGUGGUGGUGGUGGGG